CCUGUCACUUAUGCCGGGUAUGGCGGAAUCUCUUGGGCCGCAUAUAGCAAAGCGAAAACCAGAAGAGAGCGUAUGUGUAUCGAGAGCGAUCGAUCGAUCGAUCGAUCGAGAUGGAGACGGGCAGCGGUGAUAUCUGCACUCUGCCGGAGGGUUGCAUCUCCCACGUGAUCUCUCUGACGUCGCCGGCCGAUUCUUGCCGGUCGACGGCGGUCUGCACCACCUUCCUCUCCGCCGCCGUAUCCGACACCGUGUGGGAGCGCUUCCUGCCGCCCGAUUACCAGUCGAUCCUGUCGCGGGCCGUCCAUCCGGUGGAGUACUCGUCCAAGAAGGAGCUCUUCUUCCGCCUCUGCGAACCCAUCCUCAUCGACGACGGCAAAAUGAGUUUCUCACUGGAUAAAUCGAGCGGUGCAAAGUGCUGCAUGCUGUCUGCCAGACAGCUGUUUAUUGUAUGGGGGGAUACUCCCCAUUAUUGGACGUGGCAUCCUCUACCCGAUUCCAGGUUUUCAGAGGUUGCGGAGCUCAUAAAUGUUUGCUGGUUGGAUGUUGGAGGCACGAUUCAAAGCAGAGUGCUUACUCCUAAAACAAUCUAUGCCGCCUAUCUCAUCUUCAAAGUAGAUCAGAAUUCACGAGGUCUUGGGUUUCCGAAUCAGGAAACAACAGUGAAACUGGGAUCCCAGGUGUCCAAACAUACUGUGAAUUUACAACCCAUUGCUGCUAAGAGACUGAUGAGGACCAGAUUGCGUAUGCUGAAUCUGAUUUGGAAUGCCACGGAGGAGGGGCAUGCUGAUGCAGAGGAAAACCAGAUUGCAGCUAGAACCCCUCAGGCAAGGGCUGAUGGUUGGAUGGAGAUGGAGAUGGGGGAAUUCUACAAUGAUGACAGUGAGGAUGGGGAAGUGGAACUGAGUUUGAUGGAGGUGAAAAGAGGGAACUGGAAGUCUGGACUCACCAUCCAAGGCAUUGAGAUAAGGCCUAAGAAGUAGGCAGGAGCUCUUUUAUGAGGAUGGAGUUUGUGAUACCAUGUACACAGAGUAAGAUUGGAGCUUGAAGAUAGUAUGUUUGCCAGCUCUACUUGAAAGCUAAAGAUGAAAUGGGUGAGCAGCAAAUCCAUACAUAUCACUUGCCAAUGACAUGAAUCUGUGUGUGAACGUGUUUCAUCUCUUCUUUGUGCGUGAAAUGACCUCCUUGGGAGUCCUGGCUAUUGAUUUCGUCAUUGACUCUUCAGGCAUAGACCCCAUUGGUGAAGAACCUAGAAUUUUGUGGCUUGAGGGCAAGGUAGUGCAGUUCAUACCUAGCCCUGCUGGUUUGAUUUCUUCUUUUGGUGACGCUGUUUGGGGUGUUCUGUGCUUUGUUUUGUGCUUCCCCCUGUAUAGUUUUACUAGUUAUUUGUUCACCCGGCUUUACCAUUACUGGUUAUCACUACAGAUAUGCUUGGGAAUCAUUUCUAUUUCCUAAAAAAUCUCCUCUCUGGGCUCCUCAGAAGCUGCUAGUUGGAUGUAACUGGGUUGUCAAUUUUGGUAGCCAAUCAAGCUGAAGUGGUUUGAAUCAAUGUGGUUGUGGAGCAAAAAAGUUGAAUUUCAUUUUUUUUUCUUUAUUUUUGGUGUAGCUAAUGAGCAAAGGCGGUACAAUGGCAACCAUCAACCGGACAAAAUGGACUGAUCACAAGUUCUGGAAUAAGAGCAGGAAAUUGGCCAGAUGGGACCAGUAUGAGGAAUUAUAUGUAUAAUAAAUGUCAAAAGGUUGUAAGGCCAUCCUGUUCAUGCCGACAAGCUUGGCAUCUCUCUCUCCCCCUGCAUGCAGAAAGCCCUGAGAAAUUCUUAUUGCACCUGAACUGCUUCCAUGCUUUUCCAGAUGUCUGAUAAAAUCACAGAGAAAUGAGAGAGAUACGGGGCUUACAUCCCGAAUGGUACUUUCCAUGCAGUCUCAGAAGCUAAUGCUGAAUACCGCAGAUUGCAAAUAUUUUGCAUACUUCAAAUAUUUAAUGUUCAAAAUGAUAUCUUAUUUCAAUUGAUGAUGAAUUAUUUUUAAGGUUUUGAGCUCCUUUUAUACUAAAUGUAGAAAGAUAAAUAAUGAUAUUUUAAAGGUCAGAGAUAUUCUGUUUUUA